UUCCCAGUUGCCACGGAAAUCAUUCCUCUUUACGCUUCUCUUCUUAAAGACUCUCUUCCCUUCUUCCAUUCCCACAGCCCACUCAGCUCAAUUCACUUCUCUCUCCUUCGUCUCCAAUUCUCUGAUCUUUCUUUCUCUCAAUCCUCUCAAUCACUAUUCCUUCGCCGAAUUCUUCUUUCAAUUCAAUUCUAUUUUCUCUGUUUUUGACUUCUCUUCAUGGAUAAUUGUCUCCGCCACCUCCCCAACUUCACCCUUCCCUCUUCUUCCUCUUCUUCUUCGUUGCUCUCUUCUCCUAAACCCCAAUUGGCAUGUAAUUUCCCUCGCAAGCCCGUGGAUUCUCCUCCAUUCAGGUCCUUGUGUGGUGUUUUUGACCGCUUAAGCAGCCGCGGACCGAUGAAGGUUGUAGCGAGUGCCGGUGCGAGUCCAUGCGAGUUCAGCACCUUGAACUCGAACUCGCCCCUUCAGCUCAAAACGCCGGUGGGUAAGUUUCUCACCAGCAUCUUGCAGAACCAUCGUUCGUUGUUUCACCUCUCCGUCAAUGAAGAACUGAGGAUUUUGUCUGAUGAUCGAGAGGCUGCAGUUGCUCGCAUGGCACUUAGUGCGGGUUCUGAUGAGGAAGUUCUUCACAGGAGGAUUGCAGAAGUAAAAGAGAAUCAGUGUCGAACUAUUUUACUAGAUAUCAUGUAUUUGCUGAUCUUCUACAAGUUUUCUGAGAUCAGGGUCCCUUUGGUUCCCAAGCUGUCCAGAUGCAUUUAUAAUGGUAGGUUAGAGAUAUUGCCUUCAAAGGACUGGCAACUAGACUCCAUUCACAGUUUGGGAGCUUUGGAUUUAUUAAAGGAACAUGUAACCACUGUAACGGGCUUGAAAGCAAACUGCAGCGUGAGAGAUAUUUGGGCAACAACUAAGAUUAGACAUUUCAAGCUUGCCCAAAUUUAUGUUGCCUCAAUAUUAUAUGGUUACUUUCUGAAGUCAGUUGCAUUGAGGUACCACCUGGAUCGAAGUUUAUCUUUGGGUCAUGAUGAUCUUUGUUUCAGUGGAAGGACUGGCCCAUCGUUUCAUGAUACGUCUCCAUCUCAUUAUAGAUACAGCGAUAUCAUCUUUGGCCGUAGGAAUAACCUGCCGUCUGUUGGUCAAGGGCUUACCAGGAAGGAAGAGAAAAUUGAAGAUUUGAAGGAUUAUCUAACAGGAUUUCACCCUGAGUCACUGCAGAGAUGUGCUAAACUGAGAUCUGAGGAGGCUCUGAAAUUGAUACAUCGUUAUAGUUUCGCUCUUUUCGGAAAUGAGAAAUGCGAGUUGGUUGAGAAUGAUGAUGUCAUUGUAACUUCAUUUUCUAGCUUGAGGAGGUUAGUCAUGGAAGCUGCUGCUUUUGGAUCGUUCCUUUGGGAGGUAGAAGAUUACGUCGAUAAUGUAUAUAAGCUUAGAGAUGUAUAAAUAGUGUACAGGCACAUAUGGCUAAAUAAAAUCACUUGGUUGAUGGAGGAAUGCUCUUUUGUAUAUUCAGUGAGUUACCAUUUUCAGCUUGAGUGGCUUGACAAUUAACAUCUUCCUUUCCUUGUAUAGUUUUGACAAGGGGUGUUUCUGGAAGUUAAUUAUCAGAGUUGACUUGAAAUCUAUCUUUGAAUAUUAUUCAGCUUUUCAUC